GUAUAAAUGGGGAAGGAGGGGCCACCAGAGGCAGGGAAGGGAGGGACCUUUGGGAUUAUAAAUUCCAAAAAGGCCACUCGACUCCCAGAGCUGGAUCCCUGAAACUCUACUCUGUCAGCUGCUACCAUCCCCGGGGACCUUCAUCAUGAAAGGUUUUCUGCUGCUCAUCCUGUCUGCUCUGCUCUGCUGGGUCUCAGCUGAUAUUCGCUGUCACUCCUGCUACAAGGUCCCCGUGCUGGGCUGUGUCGACCGGCAGUCCUGCCGCCUGGAACCAGGACAGCAGUGCCUGACAACGAAUGUGUACCUCGGUAAGAUGUGGGUUUUCUCCAACCUUCGAUGUGGCACACCGGAAGAGCCUUGUCGGGAGACAUUCAACCAAACCAACCACAAGCUGGGCCUGACCUAUAACACCACCUGUUGCAACAAGGACAACUGCAACAGCCCAGCUCCUCGGCCCACCCCAGCCCUGGCCCUCGUCCUCCUCACCUCUGUGGCCGGCCUUGGCCUCUGGCUGCUGCACUGAGACUCACUCCAUAGCUGUCUUUCCUCCCACCUACCUUAGCCUGAGUUUAGCCUUAGGUCUCCUUGUCCCCUGGCUCCCUACACUGGUCUCUCCUUAAGUCCCUUCACUCAGAAUAGCAUUUCUCCAGGCUCUUCACAUUUCUGUAAUUAGACAGCGGCCUCCCCACCUACCCUUCCACCUUACAUCCUCCACUGACCUUCUCCCGAGUCCCUUCCUAUAUCCCUCUAGACCAUCCCAGAUCCUCCGGUGGUCCCAGAAGAGCUCCGCACUUUGGGUCCUGCCCUCUACCGUGCCCUGCUCAGAGAGGGACGGAGAUCUGGGCCUGAAAUGGGACUUCUGUCCUGUCCCCUGCAAAGGCUCCCAGGAAGGACUGAUGACCUCACUGUAUGGGGUUGAUUCCCCAAACCCUCGCUCCAUACGUACCUCAUCCCCAUGCUCGCCUCUUUGCAUUUUGAGUAAUAAAUGUCUAUGUCU